AAAAUCAGUACUCUAAUUGACAAGGAAGGGGUUUUAGCUUGCUUUAUUUUAGACCAACAAGCUCUAGGGUUUUAGAAUCGGGGGUAUGGAUUCUUUUUCGUCGGCUUCAAGUGGAUCAUCAUCAUCGACGAAUGACAUCAUGGACCAGGUCAAAACUCAGCUUACUCAGGCUUACGCUGAGCAAUUUCUCGAGACGGUGAGGGACAAAUGCUUUGACAAGUGUAUCACCAAACCAGGGAGCAGCCUAAGUGGGAGUGAGGGCAGUUGCAUCUCAAGGUGUGUUGAUAGAUAUAUCGAGGCCACUGGCAUAAUCAGCAAAGCUCUCUUCAGUCAACGCUGAAGCAGUAAUUGUGAAGGCCUUGCUUGCUCGAGAACGGAAUGCAUCUCUUUAGUUAUGAUAAACUUUUUAUCAUUUUUGAACGUUUUAAAGAUGGUUUUCUUUCAAGUAUUUUGUAGAAGAUGGUAUUCUAAAACUUUCAAAGUUUUAUCUAUAGCAUACUACCAUUGAGGUUAACAAGUGCAAUGAUGCACGUUGCUUAUGUGACCUAAGUGCCAUGCAGAUAUGUCACAUAAUUGCAUUUUCAUAUUAUGAUUUCACCUGUAAUUUUGAAUGUACACUUGAUGAGAACUUUAAAGGUUGAACAAUAAAAACAUGAAUUUGAUCUUGAUUCA